CGCUAUACCGCGUAAGUCACUCGCUUCCUCCACACUCAAAGAGGAGUCGUCGGAGAUAUUUCCUGCUCUCUUCAUCGUUUUAAGGAGGGAGCAACUCAUGGUAUUCCUCUCGUCUUUGUCUAUCUCUCCUUUACAUAUCGACACUAAACACUAGAUCUGCUUAACCAAUUCUUGCUCUCCGCUGCUGCAUAAGCCAUGCACCAAUAUCAACCCCUUCUUCUUCUCCUCCUCCUCCUCUUCCUUCUACAUUGGUCUUUUAGCAUUGCCAUAGAAAAUAAUCCCUGCACAACCUCUUGCGGUGAGGUCGCAAACAUAAGUUACCCGUUUCGAUUGAUGGGAGACCUGAAAUUUUGCGGCCACAGUGAUUUUGAGCUAGCUUGCAUAGAUAACCGCACCAUUCUGGAUUUUAACUCGAGCAAGUACUUUGUACACAACAUCGACUACACCAACCGAACGAUUAGGAUCGCUGAUGUCAAGCUACAGAAGGGCAAUUGCUCAUCCCUUCCUCUCCAGUCUUUAUGCGGCCUUAAUGGAUGGCCCGAUUCUUCCUCUCCAUUCCCACUCCUUUCCGUGUAAGUCACUCGCUUCCUCCACACUCAAAGAGGAGUCAUCGGAGAUAUUUCCUGCUCUCUUCAUCGUUUUAAGGAGGGAGCAACUCAUGGUAUUCCUCUCGUCUUUGUCUAUCUCUCCUUUACAUAUCGACCCUAAACACUAGAUCUGCUUAACCAAUUCUUGCUCUCCGCUGCUGCAUAAGCCAUGCACCAAUAUCAACCCCUUCUUCUUCUCCUCCUCCUCCUCCUCUUCCUUCUACAUCGGUCUUUUAGCAUUGCCAUCGAAAAUAAUCCCUGCACAACCUCUUGCGGUGAGGUCGCAAACAUAAGUUACCCGUUUCGAUUGAUGGGAGACCCGAAAUUUUGCGGCCACAGUGAUUUUGAGCUAGCCUGCAUAGAUAACCGCACCAUUCUGGAUUUUAACUCGAGCAAGUACUUUGUACACGACAUCGACUACACCAACCGAAUGAUAACGGUCGCCGAUGUCAAGCUGCAAAAGGGCGAUUGCUCAUCCCUUCCUCUCCAGUCUUUAUGGGGCCUUAAUGAACCGCCCGUGUAUUAUUAUCAUUAUCAUUAUUAUUAUUAUUAUUAUACAUCCCAUGCUGUUUCGAUCGUGAGUUGUGUGAAGGCCGUGGAUUUUCCAUUUUACAUUGAUGCUUCAUCAUGCCUUGAUGGGCUUCCAUUACUUAAUUUCUCUGGUGCGAGCAGGCGAGUGUAUGCCUUGGUCAAUGCAAAUGUCUUAUCUAUAGAAACCACAUGCACUAUAGAGUUUAUGGUAAUGCUAUCACAAUGGGUUGAUGCACCUAAUCUUCGUUCCUAUGCGCAAAUUCACGAACAUAUGGUUUAUGGAUUCGAGCUUGCAUGGGAUUAUCCUCCUGACCCUUCAAUGUUUUAUCCUUCUGAAUGGGGUAUUCCUGAGCACACCAAGAUAGAUAUUAUUGUCUGGUAUAUUAAACAGAUCUCGCUCUAUAUCAUCGGUUUCAUUCGUUACAAACACAAUCUCCGAUGGAGAACAGGGAUCUACUACCUUGAUGUGGUGAUGUUCUCUCUCUUGGGCAUCGUGCUUCAAUGCAUGGUUGUGAAAUUCAUCUUGGGAGCCCCAUGCGUGAUGACGUUGCUAAUACGCAAAUGGAAGAGAAGACACUUAGCAAUGGAUCAAAAUGUUGAAGAAUUUUUGCAAUCUAACAAUAAUUUCUUGCCAAUAAGGUAUUCUUACUCGGACAUCAAGAAAAUCACGAGUGGCCUUAAGGAUAAACUAGGUGAGGGAGGGUACGGGUCCGUGUUCAAAGGAAGACUCCGGAGCGGCCGUGAGGUGGCGGUCAAGAUUCUAAAGAAGGGAAAAACAAAUGGGCAGGACUUCAUCAGUGAAGUAGCUACCAUUGGUAGAAUUCAUCAUGUUAAUGUUGUUGGACUCAUUGGUUAUUGCUUUGAGGGCUCUAAACAAGGUCUUGUCUACGAUUUCAUGCAUAAUGGAUCUCUGGAUAAGCACAUUUUCUCACGAGAACAAGGGAUUUCUCUUGAAUGCAAGGAAGUGUAUGAGAUUGCUCUCGGAGUGGCUAGAGGGAUUGAAUAUCUUCAUCGAGGAUGCGAUAUCCAAAUUUUACACUUUGAUAUUAAGCCUCAUAACAUUCUUCUAGACGAGGAUUUCACCCCAAAAGUUUCCGACUUUGGGCUCGCAAGAUUGUAUCCUACGGAUUACAACACUGUGUCUUUGACUGCCGCGAGAGGAACCUUAGGGUACAUGGCUCCGGAGCUCGUCUUCAAGAACCUUGGAGGCGUCUCUUACAAAGCCGAUGUCUAUAGUUUCGGAAAAUUGUUGAUGGAAAUGGCCACUAGAAGGAAGAACGGGGACAAGGUUACAGGGUGUUCGAGUCACACUUACUUUCCUUUAUGGGUUCAUGACCAAAUCGAUAAAGAAUUGGAAAUUCCAGUGGAAGUUAGUGAGGACGAGAGGAAAAUAAUAAAGAAGAUGAUAAUAGUUGCUCUUUGGUGCAUACAAUGGAAUCCUGAUGAUCGCCCUUCGAUGCAGAAAGUCUUGAAAAUGCUCGAAGGAGAAGUAGAUGAUCUACAAAUACCUCCCAAGCCACUCUUUUAUGCAACAGAAAUGUCAAGAAGGGAUGAUGGAACUUGGACUGAUGAAGGCAAUAAUACCAUAUCCACUACAUCAACUAGUGCAAUAACUUAUGAAGAUUCUGGUCUUGAGUGUACUAGUAUUAGCAUUACGCAAGCAUAGACACAUAUCAAAACCGUUUGAUCUGUUCACAUAUGUGGCGAAUUGAAGCAUGGUAGUGAUGAUGUUUCAUGUGUAGCUCCCCUUUCUUGGCCAUCAUUAUAUCAUAGAUGUUUAUGACUAUAUUUAUGAUCUUAAUUACGCCAUCUUUUAGCAUUAUCAUAUUAAAGAUGUCAUUGGUAAUAGUUUGGACUCUUGGAUCCAAUAAUAAAUCUAGUGACUACUUUCAGCAUA